AUGACUGUUGGUGUUGUGUCCCCUGAUUCGGCCCCGUUAGCUGACGUUUCUCGUCCUCGUGUUCGCGCGUUUUCGCAGAAUUCCUGUAAAUCGACAUCAAGCCUCGGAGAGCGCAUCAUCGCUCUUCUUCCCAUGGCAAUUCCUUCGAAGGUGAAAGCUCGUGCACGCUCGAAGCUUAGCCUUGCUGUCACCACUGCGACGGCAGAUUCGUCGCCUUCGACAGAUUCGAUGCGGACAUGGUCGCCUGUCACUCCCACUGGCUUUGCAUUCCCUCCGCAUGGCAUCGGACCAGCGCGCGUGUACACGCAAUCCGAGUAUGGUCACGGACACAAUCAAGAAUUUGAGGAGACCAGGGAAGAUAUGCACAGGAUCGGUAGGGUCUUGACCCCCGAGCCAGACCCAUUCGCUAAGGCGGAAAUUGCGGUUUCAAAGGGGCUUGGAGAGGGUGUCAAUACUCCGUCAAAACGCACGGCAUGGGAUUUGGACGAGAUGGACGGGAUCACUGGAUAUAUUGAUCCGCUCCUCCCUCGAACUCAGCUUGUCACGCCGGUGUCAAGAUCGGCUGCGCGCAGGAGGUUUCCACCCGUUAUGGACAUCUUUCCACAACCUCAGGUGUCUCCCGCGUACACUUUCCCAUCUUCGUGCUCCAUUUACGUCAACCAAGACCGUGAUGUGUUUCAUGCCGAGGGACACAGCUCGCCUCUGACGCCGACUGAGACACCAAGGCUUGUGUCGAGAUUUUCAACGUCUAGCGUGGGCUCGGGGUUUUCUAGCCGGUCUGACGAAGAUAACGCGUCUGAGAUUUAUACCGCAAACGAGGACGUUGACGUCGAUACCACGUUUGUCUUUGGGUCUCCCGCGUCUGUGCACGACGAAGCGGAAACCACAGUGGCUAAUUUCUCGUUAUCUGAGGUAAUUCCAACCCCUCGUCCUCGCAUUCUCGGACAUGCCACAGUUCCGCAGCCACCUUCUCCACAGUCCCCAACUCGACGUAAAGCCUCUGUCCGCACUGUUGCAUCGGAACCGGCUAGCUCGUCCCGAGUGACGCGUCCAGGCUCGCCCUUCCCUCUCAUGCGCGGCGUGAGCGACGGUACGUUGAAGGGGCGGUUGGGAAGAAGCAGUAUGGUGACUCCCAGGAUCUCUUGGAGGGGUACUCAGACCACGAGCGACGACAUCAUUCGCGAUGAAGUUGAAGAUGAUAGCAAGAUGGUUGAGGAUUCUGGAGUGUGGGAAGUGGACAUUGACUGUGAAGAUCUAGAGAAGAAAGGCGAAGAGGAUUACCAAGCCCUUGAAGAUUCAUUCGUUCUCCCGGUGGUACAAAUUGCCCAGAUUCGGUUCCGCGAGGAAGAGGAGAGUGAAGAAACAUGGCAUGACGCCAAGUCCGCUUGUGAGCCUACGUCCUCUCUGGAGAUGAUUUCAGAAGAACGACUGGCGUUUAACGUGUCGUCCUGCUCGGCGUCGAGCGCCCACCUUCCUGUCCCUGAUGAUAUUUAUACUUUGCGACCUUCGGGUGACUCGGACACAACGCUCACCCCGCAGAGGUUUCAGUCAUCGUCAUUCACAGCACAACUCCGCCGGAAGAUUUCUGCCGAAUUGCGUACUGGGAAAGGAGAAGGUCCGGAACGCGAGUGGGAUCGGAGCACGGUGGCAUCGGCGGCGUUUUCUGCACGCUCGAGUUCGCAGUCUAGCGUGUUCCACAGUGCGCGUUCGAGCAUCGACUCUGAAUGUGCUGCGCGGAAUAGUAUCUGA